CAUGUACGGGAAUAUCAAGGAGUUAAUGACAUGGCUCACGUGCUGUGAAUGUACCAUUCCGUCAAGGAUCAACGUCAUCCAUAUUAUUCUUGAGUAAGGUUGAACCAAUUCAAUAUUUCCUUUCCUUCUCCGUCUCAUGACCAUUAUUUGUCCUACGAUUGAUUCAAUUCCCUAUAAAUUCACGUCCUGCCGGAUUUCCUUCCUGUCACCGAAGAACCGCCUAUUACAAUAAACAUCUCAAUCCUCCUCACACCCCGCAAACAAAGACUAUUUACACGACCAACUAUAGGCCAAUACCUUCCCAUCCGACCACCAUCAUGCCCCAACCCCCCCAACCAGGCGAACCAACCUCAACCCCCCGCCCCCCCCGCCCCCGCUUCUUCCGCAACUCCUCCCCCCCCACCUCCCGCACCCCCCACAAACAGCUCUUCGCCUCCCUCCACCGCCUCACCACCCUCCACCCCCCUUCCUCCAUCCCCCCAUCGGGCGGCCUCUACUCCGGCGCCCUCGGCGUCGCCCACCUCCUCGCCCUCCUCCACCCACUCCACCCCUCCCUCCGCCUCGACGACCACUCCCUCGCAUCCUGGUCUGCCGCCUACCUCCACCGCGCCGAGGAACACAUGAAAGACUUCCCCGGCCCAUCGCCCAGAUGCUGCGGUGUCAGAGAUGAUAUACUAGUGGUUCUAGCGCUGGGGGCCGCAGGGACGCAGGACACGGCGCUGGUGGAGGAGCUGGUACGGUAUGCUGCGGUGGCAUGCGACCCCGACGCCGAGAACGAGUGGCUGAACGGCCGCGCGGGGUAUCUCUACCUCCUCCGCCUAGUCCGCGUAUCCUUCCCGAACAACGCUGAGGUUGCCUCGCUCAUCAACGGCGCGGCGACGGAGGUGAUCGACGCGAUACUCGAGGCGCCGCGGCCGUGGACGUGGCGGAGGAAAGCGUAUGUGGGUGCGGCACACGGGGCGAUGGGGAUCAUCGUGCAGAUCGUGUUGACGGACCCGACGCGGGCGGGGGAGGUGGAGGCAGAUUUGGGGGCGUUGUUGAGUUAUCAGUUUGAGAGUGGAAAUUGGCCGAGUUCGAUCCCGGUGGGGCGGGAUCGGUUGGUGCAGUUUUGUCAUGGGGCGGCGGGGAUGGCGACGUCGUUGGUGAGUAUCCGUGAGCACUUUCCAGCGCUGCAGGAGCGGAUUGACGGGGCGGUGAAGAGGGGGCGGGAGUGUAUUUUGGAGCGGGGGCUGUUGACGAAGGAGCCGUGUCUGUGCCAUGGGAUCUCGGGGAAUGCGCUGGCGCUGGAGGAUGAGGGGUUGGAGCAUUUCUUGUCGUAUACGACGGGGCAUGAGAUGAAGGGGAUGGAGCGGGAUGGGAUGAUGGAGCGGAGUGAGGAGCCGUGGGGGUUGUUUGGAGGGGAGGCGGGGAGGGCAUGGGCAUGGGCGGUGGUGGAUUCGGGAUUGGAAAGGAGGGUGUUGGGGUAUAAUGAUAUUUGAGGGGUUGGG